AUGGCUAAUCGCAACAAUAUUUUCUUUCUAUGUUUCCUAAUAGGUUUAGGGUUAUGCUCUGCAAGACGAGCACUUCUCACCUCCUCUGCAUCCGAGGCUGAAGUCGCUGCUUAUGGCGGGAAAAGUGGUUUGAAUGUUGGUUAUGGUGUUGAUGUUGGUGUUAGCGGAGGAGCUGGUGGUUACGGAGAAGCUGGUGGUAUUGGUGGAGGCGGAGGUGGGGGACAUGGUGGUGGUGCUGGCGGAGGUGGUGCUGGUAUUGGUGGAGGCGGUGGAGAAGGAGGAGGUGCUGGUUACGGAGGAGCUAGUGGUAUUGGUGGAGGAGGAGGUGGUGGACAUGGUGGUGGUGCUGGAGGAGGUGGGGGUGGUGGUCCUGGAGUCAUUCUCGCAAAGAAUGGUUAUGCUGCUGCUGGAUCUGGAUACGGUGGUGGUGCUGGUAGCGGAGAAGGAGGUGGUGGCUAUUAA